UAAUGAUUACAUUAUGUUUCCACUGUAUGUAUGCAUGUUCCAAGGUCCAGCGUCCUAUUGGGUUUUGAUUGUUUCUGAGUUUUCGUUAUUAUCGUCAACUCUGUGAGGAACAUCACCAUGUUUCCCACUCGUAGGGUAGUCUCCUUAGGAUCACUCCCUGGAAGUCCCGUUACUGGGUCACAGUGUAUUCACGUUCUAAAUAUAUACAGAAAUUGCCAAAUGCCCCCGAGAAAGAUGGUGUUGUGGAUUGAAUGUCUCCCCCCAAAAUGUGUGUCAACUCAGCCGGGCUAUGAUUCACAGUAUUGUGUGGUUGUCCGCCAUUCUGUGAUCUGCUAAAAUUAUCCUGUGUGUUAUAAAUCCUAAUCUCUAUGAUGUUAAUGAGUCAGGAUUAGAGGCAGUUAUGUUAACGAGGCAGGACACAAUCUAUGGGAUUAGGUUGAAUCUUGAGCCAAUCUCUUUUGAGAUACAGAAGAGAGAAGCAAGCAGAGAAGAGAGGGACCUCAUUACCACCAAGCAAAGAAGAGCCAGGAGUGGAGCACAUCCUUUGGACCUGGGGUCCCUGCGCCAAGAAGCUUGAUGACAGGGAAGAAAGAUUGAUGACAAGGACCUUCUCCCAGAGCUGACAGAAAGCGUUUCCCUGGAGCUGGCAUCCUGAAUUUGGACUUCUAGCCUCCUAGACUAUGAGAGAAUAAAUUUGUAUUGUUAAAGCCAUCCACUUGUGGUAUUCCUGUUUUAGCAGCAGUAGAUACCUGAGACGCGUGGUAUUAGUUUACGUUUCUAUUAGGAGACCCUGAGUACUCAUUUUACACAUCAUGGAAUUCACCUUGUUUUGCCAAUAUUUUUAAUCUUUGAUGGCCUGAUGAGCAAACUAAUAAGGUCUAACAUCUGUUUGUAUAUUUUUUUGUGAAUUGCCUGUUAAGUGCUUUGCUCACUUUUCUUUUGCAGUGUGUAUCUUUUCCUUUGUGCUUUUUACAAAAGCUUUUUGGAUUUUAGAAAUAUAUUGGCUCUUUGUCAUUUAUGUUCCAAGUAUUCUUUUUCUAGACUUGUAUUUAUUUUUAACAUUGUCGAUGUUAUUUAAAAAUUAGUUGCUGUCCUGUCGGCUCUGAGUCAUGGUGAUCCCAUGGGUGUCAGAGCAGAAUUGUACUCCGUAGUGUUUUCAGUGGCUGUUAGAAAGUAGAUCGCUAGGCCUUUCUUCCGACGUGCCUCUGGGUGGACUCGAACCUCCAACGUUUUGGUUAGCAGCUGAGCAUAUUAAUUAUUUGCACCACCCAGAGACUCCUGAUGUUAUUAAGUGGUUUUUAAAUAAAAUGUUCACUUUUGAAAAAAUGUUUAUAUUUUUGUGCUUUGGAUUCUGUCUGUAUUUUAAUUUAUAAUCUUUGACUUUCGAUUCAUACUUAAAAAGGCUUCCUCAUAUUAAAAAUUUAUAAAAAUACUCAUUCUUAUUUCUUCUAUUAUUUUAUAUAUAUAUAUAUAUAUUUUUUUUUUUCUAUUUGAAUGACUUAUCCACCUGGACUGUAUUUGGUUUAGAGGAGGAACAUAAGGAUCAGGCUUUCUUGUUUGCCAGAUGAUGAACUACUGUUUGCUAUGACACCAAUAAUUGAAUAAUCCAUCUAUUCCUCUCUUAUUUGAAAUGCCAUCUUUGUCUUCUAUUAAAUUUUCAAAUACUUAGUUCUGUUCCUCGAUUCUCUGUUCUGUUCUCUUGAUGUAUUCAGGUACCAUGCUACUUUAAUUUGGCUACUUUAAAAUACACUUUAACAUUAGGAUCAUGUCUUAAGAACUGACUAUGAAAUAAUGUAUAAUUGUCUACCUGCUCACCAAGUUGGGGCAGCUUUCUGGUGGGCAUCCCUCACUGGGCAGACUCUUCUGUGGUCUGUAGGUAGGUAAUUAAUUGAUUCUUUCAUAUACCACAUCUCGAGGUGGGAGAAGAACAGAGAUCGAAGCCUGGAGCCUGGGUCUGUCCAACCCAAAGCCAGGGAUGUUUAGACAUCUUUCUUAGGGACCAUACCUCUGCCCCCAUAGUGCCUGGCACAGAGUGGUGCUAGUAAGUGCUUGUUGAAUUGAAUGGGCAGCAAUGGUCAUACUUAUUCAAAACAGCUCCCUGGUUCCAGUUAGAUAUAGACUAAUUUUUGUUUUAUAGUGAGUUAAUUUUUAAAUAAUUAAAGUGGUCUAAUGAUUUUUUUUAAUGAUGUUACAGAAAAAUUGUAAAUGAGGAAGUAAAAAGAUUGUCUUCAAUAAACCCUAGCCUCCUCGUAAUCACUAUUAAAAUUUUGAUGUGUUUUCCUUAUUUUAUAAGCAUAUUUUCUUAUUUUAAUCAUAAUGUAUUACCUGAGUUUUAUCUCCUACCCCACCCCCAAAAUAUUUUCUGUUUAGCUGCUUUAUCUUCAUAAUAGUCAUUUUAUCACAAAGGGAAUGAACACAGUUUGUUUUAUGCAUGCCUAUUGUUGGACAUUUAAGUUGGUUCUAAUUUUUCACUUUUAUAAAAUUACACUGUAAUGAACAUUUUCACAUAGAAAAUAUUUUGACAUUUUAAAACCUUUUAUAAAUAUCCCCAAAAAGGGAUAACUGGGUCAAGGGUAGACAGUAAUUUAACCCUUUCAAGACCCAAUUAUUUUCUGUUUCGAUUUUUUUUUUUUUUUGAUGCCAUGUGUUUUCUUAAUGCUAGCAUACUGAGUCAUGGAGUGUGUUCAAAUUUUUGGUUGGUAAAACGAAUUUUGAAAAAUAUUAUCUGGUACUAUGUGGUUACCACAGAACUUUUAAGGUCCUCAAACCCCAUAAUUAGCAGGUGCCCGUCUGUACCUCUGGACCUGGUUGCUGACGUUUCUCAUGGCGCCUUCCGUUAGGUUACAUGGGGAAACUUUGGUUUUCCAAAUAUGACACACAAAAAAGACAAAACCAAAUACACCAGGGCUCCUUAACUAUCACAGAAAGAGGAAACUGUAAAUAUGCUCACAAGGCUUAUCUAGGGGUCCAAAAGCCAAAAGAGAAAAUUUUACCCAGUCAAUUCCUGAUUGCUCUACUUCACUUGCAAGCCUCAUACUCCAGCUAUUUUGCUUCAACUAAUGUUUCUUUCACCUUUUGCCAUUUUGCAACUGGAGAGCAGCAAAUAUUUUCAGUGGUAAAAGUAUAUACUCCCAAAGAACCUGAGAGCUGGAAAAAAUGGGUGCUAUACCAUGUGUACCACAGGUCAUGAAAGGGUUUAACACAUUUCCAUGUAUCCAUGCCUUUUUUGGUCGUUCCCUACAUAGAUGCUUAAUUGGUACUAGGCUUUGGGAACCUCUGUUGAUUGGAAAAGAAGUAUGGUAAGCUCUUUGCUGUUAGGUGCCAUCAAGUAGGUUCCAACUUAUAGCAACCAUGUGUACAACAGAACACUGCCCAGUCCUGUGCCAUCCUCACAAUCAUUGUUAUGCUUGACCCCAUCGUUGCAGCCACUGUGUCAGUCCAUCUUAUUAAGGGUCUUUCUCUUUUUUGCUGACCCUGUACUUUAUCAAAACUUAGGUCCUUCUCCAGGGACUGGUCCCUCCUGAUAAGAUGUCCAAAGUACAUGAGAUGAAGCUUCCCCAUCCUUGUUUCCAAGGAGCAUUCCAGCUGUACUUCUAAGACGGAUUUGUUUGUUUUUCUGGCAGUCCAUGGUGUAUUCAAUAUUCUUCACCAACACCAUAAUUCAGAGGCAUCAAUUCUUCAGUUUUCCUUAUUCGUUGUCCAGCUCUCUUAAAGAACAUUGUCAAGUUCUGUAAGACACGUUUUAUUGACUUUUUUAUUGUUAUAAAAAGAAUUCAUGUUCAAUAAAGAAAACCUAUACUAUGAAUGCAAAAAAGAAAAAAAAGACCCAUAUAAUAAAGUUAAUAAAACAUUUAAAAAAGAAUUUACUGUAUUUCCAAAUCAAGAGAGGUUCCCAAAGCUGAAUCCUAGGCUGAGAAUUAGAUGGGUUAAUAUUAAAUGCUUGGCACAUAGUAAAACCUGCUUAAAUAUUAGCUGGAGUGUUUUUUUAUUUUUUCCCUCCCGCAGAGGAUGGUAAUUUUGUAUAGACUCAUCAGUCUUGUAUCUGAGCCCAUCUGGGGCAUAGGAGGUAGAGGGUGGAAGGACAUUAGGAAUGGAUGCAAGAGAACCUAGCGUUGAGGGUCUGCUCUGUCCCUUAUGAGGCCUCAGGUGAGUUUAGGGUGUCAUUUUCCCUCAGAAACGUUAUUGUCUACAAUGUGAGAUAAUGAGCCUUUUCUGUUGUGUCUUGCAUGAGAAUAAAAAUGCAUUCAUCCAUAAAAUGAAGGAAUUGGACUUUAGAGAUAUCAGAGGCAUUUCAUUAUGAGUUCCACCUCUGGUUGGUUCUUAGUGGUCCUGUGGAUAGGCCAUAAUGGAAAAGAUAUGCUGAGAUUGGGGUCAGUGAUGUCUGCCUUUGGGAGCCCAGUGUGGUGGUAACUUAGCACACAUCUGCUACUUCUGGGCCAGAUGACUUUGGGGGCCCUACCCAGUCUAUGCCCUGUCGUUCUAAGGGUUUAUAAAAGGAUUGAGGAAUUGACAGUGUAAUAUUGUGGCCAGCGUAUGGGUGGAUUUAGGCCAGCUCUUCCAAAUGUAUACAUUAAAAUAUUUUAAAGCUGCAGUUAUUAAAAGAGGGUGGAACUGACGUAGACACGGGCAGUAAGUGAAAUAGACUACAGUCCAAGAGCAGACCCAAGUGUGUUAACUUUAGUUCUAGUACUAUCCUGUUUUGGUUAAUAUUUCUUUUUAAAAUAUUUUAAUAUGUGAUAAACAUUUCUCCUGAUUAUUCUGUUUUCAAAAAUUUCACUAGUCUCACUAAUAUAUUCUACUAGGUAAACUUCAGAAUCAUUUUUUCAAGGUAAAAAUUGCCUUGUGAUUGUACUUGUAUUAAAUUUAUGGAUUGAAUUGAGUAGGAAGGACAUUCUUACAAUAUUACAUUUUUCAGCCCGGAAACAUGGUCUAUCACUUUACUGCUUCAAAGUCCUCUAUAUGACCCAUAGUAGAAUUUUGUAGUUUUCCACGUAACUUUUGGACAUUUAUUUUAAGUGUAUUCCUAGGUAUUUGAUUUUUUUUUUACAGUAACUGUGAAUGGGAUCUUUUCCCUCAUUGUAUAUUUUGCCUCAUCAGUGCAGGUAUGUAGAAAAACUCUUGGUUUUUAUGUGGCCUGUUUGUUAGUGGAUAGCUUAUGUUGUCUUAUAAGUUCUGUAGUUUGUUGUGGCUUCUAGGUAGGCAAUAGUACCAUAUGCAAAUAAUACUCAUUUCCUUUCUCUUUUGUAUAUACUUUUUUUUUUUUUAUAUAUAUGUUUUUGUUUUAUGCAUCAACUGGACCCUCUAGAACAACUUGAGUAAUAGCAGGGAUAACAAGUAUUCUUGUAUUAUUUCUUAUUUUAGUGGGAAGGAUACUAGUGUUUUACAAUCAAGUAUGAAGUUUUAUUUUGGUUUCAAAAAGAUAUUCUUUAUCAUUAAGUAAGCAUCCUUCUGAGUUGCUGAGAGUUUUUAAUUUUAUCAAGAGUGGAGGUGAGUGGUAUGGUGUGGAGGUGAUUUUUGCUUUUCUGUAUUUGAAUUUCUCUUUUGCAACGGAGGGUGAAUCAUUCCCCUUCCUUACUGUAAAGCUAUUUAGUUAUAAAAGGGGAAAAAAGGAUGAUGAAUUUUUAACAAAUGCCUUUUCAUUAUGUACCCAGAUGGCCAUAUGGUUUUCUUCCUUUGAUCUGCUGCUGUGAAGAAUUACAUUAAUAGAUUUCCUAAUAUUAAACCAUUCUGGAAGGAACCCAUUUUGGUCAUGGUGUUUCAUUCUUUUAAUAUACCUUUGGUUCAUUUUUUGUCUGUAUCCAUAAGUGAGAUUGUCCUGCAGUUUUAAUUUUAGUGUGUUGCUUUUGUUAUUUUUAAUGGGGGUUGUAAUAGUUCCAAAGAAACCAAACUGAACUCAUUGCUGUGGAGUUGAAUUCUGAUUCACAGGUAUCCUAUAGGACAGAGUAGACCUGCCCCAGUAGGGUUUUCAAGGCUUAAAUUCUUACAAAAGCCACAUCUGUAAAGCUGCCACAUCUUUCUUUGAGGAGCAGCUGGUGGAUUUGAACCGUCGACCUUUCAGUUAGCAGUUGAGUGCUUAACCGUUGUGCCACCAGGGCUCCCUUAUAAUAGUACAGGGGCUUAUAAAUCAGAAAGUUUUCCAUUACUUUCAAUGAUCUGGAAUAGGGAGGGGUAUAAGUUCAUUUCAAAUUGUGUGCCUAUUAGUAAUGGCUGCUGAGAUUGCUGUGUUGAGAAGGAUCCUGAGGCCCUGUCAUGUGUGAACAAUUUUGUGUUUUGUAGGAGAUGAGAAUUUAGGCGUGCGUGCCAGAUGUUUAUUUGUAGUCUCUGCCUGGAAUGAUUUAUGUUGCGUGGAAAUUAUCUGUUGAAAGUUUAAGAGAACCUGCCAUUAAAACUCUAUCUUGCUAGGUUGUAAGAGAUAAUUAUUUUCCACAAUAAUCAUUUCUUCAAUGAUUUUGUGACUUUUGCUUUUCCUGGGAGAGUUUGGUCAUUUAUAUUUUCCUAGAAACGUAUUCAUUUCAUCAAGAAUUUGAACUAUAUUUGCAUAGAACAGAAUGUUUUCUCUUUUUAAAAAAUAUCCUCUGUGGUUAUAGUUCUUAAUAUGAUUUUUUUCAGAGUAGCGCUUUUUUUUCUCUUUCUUGAAUAGCUACUAUCUGGCCUCAUUUUAUUGCUUUUGCACCCUCCUCAAAAUUUGAAAUUUAUUUGUCAAUUCUAACUAGUUAAAUAAUUACCAAUUUAUUAUAUGUUUAUGUUAAACCCACCCUCCAUUAGAUUUGUUUUUGUUUUUUUAUUCUUGAAUGCUUAGCUCUUUAUUUUUAUUUACAUUUUAUGCUUAGCAAUGAAAGUGCUUAAUCAAUGAAUUUUCCUCUGAUUACAUCUUUGGUUAACAUCCAUUAGCCUUAUUGUGAAUUAUUGUUAUUAUUUCCCCUCUAAUUUUAAUUUUAGUUUUGAUUUUCUCUUUGGCCAAAAGAUUUAAAAGUAUAAUUUAAAUUUAUGUGGUUCCUUUUUUAAUGAGUUGAUUUUUUCUAGUUUUAUCUAUUAUAAAAGAACAUAGAUAAAACUAGAAAUAAUUUAUCUAUUAUAAGAGAACAUAGGAAACCUUGGUGGCGUAGUGGUGAAGAGCUACAGCUACUAACCAAAAGGUCAGCAGUUAAAUCCACCAGGUGCUCUGUGGAAACUCUAUGGGGCAGUUCUACUCUGUCCUAUAGGGUCACUAUGAGUCAGAAUCGACUCUGUGGCAGUGGGUUUGGUUUUUGUUUUUUUAAAGAGAACAUAACCAGUACUAGUUUUUCUUUUUUAAUAAUUUAUAGAAAUUUUUGGAUCCCUUUUAAAAUGUUAAUUUGUGUAGCUGUUUAAUUUGCUUGAGAAAAGUCAUUUCUGCUUUUGGGGCUUAUUGUUUGCUAUAUAAAUAUAAAUCUCAGUUUCAUAUUUCAUCACUUUAUUAAUUAUAUUUCUCAGAUCUCCUAUAGAGCUCCAAUCAUAUUAUUAAUUUUGCUUUCUACUUUGAGUUCUAGUUUUCCUAAUUUUUUUGUAAUGCAUUUCCUGCUUUCAACUUUAAUUGUCGUGAAUUUUAGAGGACACUCCCUGCUCUCUGUUGUUAGAAUUUAGUUCAUAUAGUUUUACAAUUUAUUUUACUUUUAACCUUUUUAUGCUCUUUUACAAGGAGCCCUGGUGGCACAGUGGUUAAAGCACUCAGCUGCCACCAGCUUUUCCACUGGAGAAAGAUGUGGCAGUCUGCUUCCAUAAAGAUUUAUAGCCUGGAAACCCUAGAAGGCAGCUCUGCUCUGUCCUGUAGAGUCACUACGAGUUGGAUUUGACUUGAUGGAUUUGACUUGACGGCAGUGAGUUUAGUCGCUGUUUUAGUUUUAUGGUCUUUUACAAAAAUAACUAUAUUUCUUUUUAAUAGCAUGUUGGUUUAGUUGUCUUUUGUAGUUAAAGCUGAGAGUUUAGAGAGUCUAUCGUUUUAAUGUGGAGCUUACUCCUAUUUAUAUUACAAUAACUGGUUUUGUUAUUUCAUUUAAUUAGAGUUUUAUUUUUCUGUGUCUUUGUGUAACUAAGAAGAUAUUUUCAUUUCCUUCACAUGUGAAUGUCAACUUGGAUGGGUAUAGAAUUUUGGGGUCUUAAAUAGAAAAUAAUUUAGAGGCCACAUGAUAUUUUACUUUUGUGAUAGAUUCUCCCUGCCUCCCUUCCGGAAUGCCUGUAUCAUUCUUUUCUUACCUUUGAAAUUCAAGAAUUAUUCCAGGCUUUAUCUCUGUUUUGGUGUCUUUUAGUUCGCUUGCUAGUUAUGUCCUUUCAGUCUACAGAUUUAGCUCACAAUAAUACAUUUUUUUCCAUAUCUUCCAUUGGUUGGUCUCAUCUCUUUUUGGAAUGGCAGUUACUCAUACAUAAAUGAAUAUGUCUCCAUAUAUCCCUAUAGUUUAUUUUCCAUAAUUAUUUCCUUCAUUGUUUUAAUCUUUUUUAAUCUCCUAUAUGAGUUUUGGAAGGACUACUCAAGCUUUUCCUUUGCAAAAACCACUUAAUUCAUUUCUUUUUGACCUUAACAGUUCUGCUGUUGACUGCUUUUGAUCCUCGCUUUAAUUCUUCAAUGGCUUUAUUUGGUUCUGUGGGACAAGGAAUUUGAUCUGGCCCUUUGACUCAGGUAUCUGAAAAUAACCAGAGCAAUCAAGAUGCCUUUAUUUUCCAAAAUAGCUGGGCAGAUAGGGGCCACAUAAGGCCCCACACCUGGCAAACUAACUUCAGGAAGGGAGGGGGCCUGAUGGAGUCAUGCAUAUUCAUUGAUUGGAUCAAUCAUAACUAUGCAUUAAGGCCCAGUCAUAAAACAUUGAGGUCCCAAUAACUAGGUGACCUGGGACCGGAAGCGCUCUUUUUGGGGCCUUCUGAAUUGGUGAGAAUGAACAUCCUUGUCCGGGAGAGGGAGCAGCAUGUCCCUGGGCACAAUAGAGGCCCCCGUGCUGGGAAUGUCCUAGACCAUGCCUGAUGUAUCUUUUUGCUUGUAUCCUUUCUAGUUAUAAUACAUGGGUAACUGUAAGUAUAGGUAAUAGUCUCUGUGAAUUUUGUGAGCUAUCCUAGAGAAUUAAUGAAUCCACAGGGACAAUGAGCCAGCAGGGGCUGGCAGUACAGAGUCAAUUUGUACAGACCAAGCUUUGGGUGCUGAGUGAUAGAGAAAGGCUACAGGGGUAAUUUAUGAAGAGGGAUAGAAUCCUUCUAGUUUUUGACCUAGUCCCAGGGGGAUGAGAGAGAAGAGACACGCACGCAUCCACACACACAUACAUAUACACGGGGGUAACAGGGGAGACAGGGAGACAGGCCUACUGGUCUGAAAUGCAGGUAGUUGUGUAGAUUCCUGUGUCAGUGUUUUGACCUUCCUCAGGAUAGCCAAGCUGGGGAUGAGUUUGAUCUAAUUGUGGGUGUUGCGGGUCAGAGAGAAGAAUUGCCAUGGAAGUGGCUGGUGACAAGGAGUGGAAAUGUGGGAAGGUGAGGCCUAGAUCCAUUUCCAGCUGCAAAUUGCAUUCAUGCUGAUCCUGCCUAUGCAGUUAGUGAUAAAGGUGGGGUUUGCUUGUAUUUUCCCUUUUGUAGUGGAGUUUCUAGCCUCGCAGUCAUAGUCCUCUCAGAUUCCUUACACACUCUUCUUAAUUCUGUGAGCUCCUUUUUCAUUUCAUUCUGUUCUUGUUUAUUUAAUUUUAUUGAAAGUGCAAACCAAGGAGAAUAUGUCUAAAAUUUAUUUCAGUUCCCUAUAGCAACACUGUUUUAUGUGUUCUUUUUCUGCAGCUUGAGUGAAAUGCUUAUCUCCUUUCUUGUUACAUAUAUAGUUUUAAUUUGCCCUCUGCUGACUUGGUUCAUUUAUUCACUCUCAGUAAGUAAAAGGUCUGUUUUGGUCUCAUACAUACCCUAAUAUGGUGUCAGUAGGAAGAAUUGAAGGGGGAGGACUGGAUGUUACAGGUUUUAUGACAGAACAAUGAUCCAGCAGCCCAAGAUGGAUGGGAGGGGCUGGGAAUGUAGGUGAUCUCAGUAUGGGGUUCCAUUAUUUGGUUUGGUGACGCUACCCUGUGAAGGGCCCAGUGAUAUGGGCCCGGAGUCUUUCUUGGUAGGGGAAGGGAUGGGUUGGAAAGCUCUAACUGGAAGAAACUGAGCUGCUAUUGGGAUUACUUUGUGGAGGGAAGCGUCACUGUAGGUCCCAUUUACUCCACCCCUUGUGUUUGGUUUUUGUCUUACUAGGUCUGUCAGAGUUUCAAGAAGCAUGACUUGAAACAGCCAUCAUGAUGUCCUUUGAUUUGUUCCCACCUCCCCAACAUCUAGCAGAAAUUCCCCAGUGGGUGGUUUGUGGGUAGCUCUAAAAAAUUUUUUUUUCUUUUUCUAGAUUCUAGAAUCUCCUAUUUUUUUUUUUAAUUACGGAAAAUUUCAAAUUUAUGCAAAGUGAACAACAGAGUAUAAUGACCUGUCAUGUCCUGUUGCCCAGCUUCAACAGUCAUCAACAUGUUGUCAUUCUUUUGUCAUCUAUAUCUCCACUACCUCCCCUGUUCGAUAGUAAUGAUGAUGAUGAUGAUAGCCAUUUCAAGGAGAACUGAUGUAAAUGAAAUCCUGAAGAUUUUGGUAAAUGGCGUUAAUUCACACCUCUGUUGCGAUAUAGAACAUUUCCACCUCCCUAGAAAAUUCUCUUGUGUCCUGUUACCAGUUCUCACCUCCUCCCCCAGAGGCAACCACUGUUCUGAUUAUUUGCAUGUUAGGUAAGUUUACCUGGCCUAGAACUUUUACAUAAGUAGUGCCUCCUGUUUUUAUAUUCUUCUGGUCUGUUUCUGAGGGUGGGGAGAUGGUCUUUUACCAUCUGUCUCAGAGGGCUGUCACACUUCUGCAGGUUUGGUGUUCCUAUCAGGUUACCACUGCCUUUGGUUUUUGCUUUGAAUCUGUUCUGCUAGUGGGCUAGUGUUAUAAAUUAGGAGCCCAAUGAAAAAAGCCCUACCAUUAAAAAAAAAAAAGCUAAUUUACCCUUUUUUGUUGUUGUUGUUCUAAAAGUGGUUACUCAUACAUAAAAAAAUUUGGAAUAUACAAAGUUAGAGAAAAGUAAAUUCCCAUUGUUAUAUCACUCUUCAUAAUCAUGACUAGCAUUUUUCUAUUAACUUUGUUUUUUAUCCUAUGUAUAGCUUUAUUCUUUUUGAAUUGUAAGUGUUAUCGUAGUCCACAUACCAUUUCAUAUCCUGUUCUUUUCUACUUGAUAUUGAAACACUUUUCUAGCUAGCCCCAUGAAUGUCGUAGUCGUCACUUUUUAUUUGGCUGCAUAGUAGCCCUAGUAGUCGUGAUCAUUUGAGCACUGUUCUAAGUGCUGUUAACUCAUUCAGUCCUCACAGCAAGCUUAUAAGGUAUGUACUGUUACUCCCAUUUUACGGGUGGAGAAAUUGAGGCCAAGUAAAGUAAAUACUUAUCUCUCAAGUGGGGAAGCCAGGAACCAAGCCCAGGCAUUCUGGCUUCUAGCCCCAACACUCAAGCACAGUAGUUAACUUCAUCAUUCCUUUGAGCAGGCUAUACAGGGGAUUCGUUCCUCCAUCUUGCAGAUGAGUAAACUGAAGCACAGAGAGGAAGAAUGACUUGUCUGAGGUGAGGCAGCAAGGAAGUGGUAGAAUUGGGGCUGGAACCUAGGCUCCUGCCUUCUAGAACCAGACUUGACUCCAGUUCCACCUCAGGGUAGAGUCACUCCUUUUCUUCAGGCCUCUGGUUUCCUUUCAUUCCCGUUCUCUACCAUCCUUUCAGUAACCCCAAAUUCCCUUUGCCUUUCAGGGCCUCAGUCUCUUCAUCUUUAAAAUGGUCGUCUCCUUUACCCUACUCUUCCCUGACUGUUGUUGCCUCAGCCCUCCUCAGACUUGGCCCACGGGUGCUUUCCUAGACACUUCCAGGGAACUGUUUCUGUGGCAGAGCUAGCAUCUGCUUCCCCAUCUGGUCCCAACUCUUUUCUUAAUUACCCACUGAAUUGGCUCUAACAAAAUGCUGACAACUUGAAUGAGACAUUAGCUGAUACAUCAGCGCCCUGUGCCAGGGCCUCAUGAGCAUUUCUGGGACGUGACAAACUGGGGCCCGGCAAAACCCCUUGUUCCCUGGCUGGAGUCCCCAUCCCGGCUGAGUGGCAGGUGCCGGCCACUUUACAGGAUUACCAUGGGGUCUUGUAGCUAAAAACUCUACCUCUUUGUGGCUGAAUCCAUAGGCUUUCUCAGUGUCUUUGUGGCUGGAAGCAAGUUUUGUCCUCUCUCCUGCCCAUCCUCUGGUCACUGAUCUUCCAUGUCCUCUGUUCCAAGUGACUGUUUUGUUUCUUCACAUUUCUGACUGGUCUUGAAGCAGUGGGACUAAGUCGUCUAUGGGGGAAGAACGUUGGGCUGGGUGUUCCUGGUCUCAUGGUGCCUCCUACCUGCCUUCCAGGGCCUUUUUUUGCACCUCUGCAAGGAGAUGAUUCUGUGAGGUGUAGUACAGGCUCUUUCGAAGUCUAACUUUUCUGUGAUUACGAGAACAAAGGGCAAGGCUUUGAUUUUUUUAUUUCAAGUAGGGCAAAUAGGGUCAGAAGCUACCCACAUGGGGGUAGCUUGCCUCUGUGACUUCCUACCUCUGUGACCUUGGGCAAGUUACUGAACCUCUCUGUGUCUCAAUUUACUCUUUUUAAAUUUGGUGGCAGAAAACCCCAUAAGCGAGUUAAUUAUGAAGAUGAAAUUAGUUAAUACAUGUGAACUUCCAAUACAUAGUAAGCCCUCAAAUGCUGUCUGUUCCCUCCUCUCCUCCCUCUUUUUUUAGUUCAUUUGCAGAGGGUUAAGUCAGUCAUACUCAGUUCAGGGUACAUCCUCUUCUUUGGCUUAUGCCGGGGCCUCUCUUGCUUUACUUAGUUGUUUACUUUUAUCCACAUUCCCCCCUCUACUCUGCUCCUUCCUCACCUCCAAUGUAUUUAGUAUGUAUCUUUCUAUUUAUAAAAUAUCUGUCCUUGCAAAAUGUGUACUAUUGUUUUGUGGGUCUAUUUUAAAAGUUUAUGUAAAUGAUAUAGUGUAUAUAAAUGGUAUAGUGUUUAGAUCUCAUUCUGUUUCUCACUUUUGUCCUCAGCUCCAAGUUUUUGAGAUUCACCCACAUUGGUUCUAACUUCUGGGUGCAGCCACAACAUGGUACCCAUCCAUCCUCUCAGCGAUGGAUAGCCGGGUUGCCUUUAACUUCCUCUCACCCCAAAUAAAGCUGCAGUGCACAUUCUUGUCCAUGUUCCCAUAUGGACCUCUGUGAGACCUUUUUUUUCAGUGAUGUAUACCUGGAGAUGGUAUUUAAGAUAAAAUAAAAUGGAAGCCAUUUGAAGAAAGCAAAAGGAAUGGGUGUUUUUAUGCGACUGAAUUGAGUACAUCGUCAAUUGCACUUGGCCAAUAAAGAAGUUGACAGUACAUUGGGCUUGCCUUGAAUCCCAGCCUCUUUUUUUAAACUUGAAAUCAUAGGAAUACGUGUUCUUUGAAAACAAUUUAGAGGACACAGAAACAAGUAGAAUAAGGACUGAAAAUGAAAAGGUGCCCUUUUACUACUCCCCAUCUUCUCAAGCCCCCAUUUUAAUUAGGGAAGCACUGAUGACAGUGGAGUAUAUCAUGCUAGGUCUUUCCUUAUACAUUUACAGGGGCACAUGUGAACCAUUCAUAUUGUUUUGCAGCUUACCUUUUUUCACUUAAUAGGAUGUCGCAAAAGUCAUUCCAUGUUAGUCCCAGCAAAUUCCCCUCAGUCUUUAAUCAGUGCUCAGUAUUCCAUUUUAAGGCUCUGCUAUAGUUUAUGUAACCAGUUCCUUUUUAUGGGUAUUUUGGGUAUUCCCAGUUUUCUGACUCUUAUAAUCAGAGAACCAACACUUCUUGUGGUGUUGGUCUGCUGGUGAUGAAUUCUUUUAGCUUUUGUAUGUCUUUAUUUUGCCUUUGUUUUUGAAAGAUAGUUUCUCUAGGUAUAAAAUUCUAGGUUGACAGUAUUUCCCCCCCCUUUCAUUAAAGAUGUUGCUCCAUUGUCUUCUGGCUUAAUUGUUUCAAAUGAAAAGUUGGCUGUCAUUCUUAUCCAUGUUUUUCUCUACAUAAUGUCUAUUUUUUUAUCUGACUACUUUUAAGAAUUUAUCUCUGGUUUUAAGCAAUUUGAUUAUGAUGUGCCUGGGUAUAGUUUUCUUUUGCUUGGGAUUUACUGAGCUGAGUUCUGUGGGUUUAUAUAGUUUUUGCCAAAUUCUUCAAAUAUCUUUUCUGUCAUCCUCCUCCCCAGCCCCACUUUGGGGACUCCAGUUGCGUAUAUAUUAGCCUUCUUGAAGUUGUCCCACAGCUCACUGAUGUCCUAUUUAUUUUUUUUCCAUCUUUUUUCUUUUUCAUUUGGAUAAUUUCUAUUGCUGUGUCUUCAGGUUCACCAGUCUUUUGUUCUGUAGUAUCCAUUCUUAACUUCCAUCCAAUGUAGUUUUCUUUUAAGCCAUUAUAUUUUUCAUCUCUAGAAGUUUUACUUGGGUCUUCUUUGUAUCUCCUGUGUCUAUAACAUACCCAUACUUUCCCCUACCAUCUUGAACGUGUGGAGUACAUUUAUGAUAGCUGUUUUGAUGUUCUUAAAUUCUAUUUUUUGUGUUGCUUUUGGACCUGUUCCUAUUUAUUGAUUUUUCUGCUUUCAUGCAUGGUAAUUUUUGAUUGACAGACAUUAUGAAUUUUAUGCUGUUGAGUGCUGGAUGUUUUUAUAUUUAAAUAUUUUUGUACUUUGUUCUGUUGUGCAGUUGUAUUAGUUUCCUAUUGCUGAUGACAAGUUACCACAAACUUAGUGGCUUAAAGCAGCACAAAUUUAUUAUUUUAUCAUUCUGGAGAUCAGAAGUCUGAAAUUGGUCUCAUUGGGUUAAAAUCAAGAUUUUGGCAGGGCUGCAUUCCUUCUGGAAAUUCUAGGUGAGAAUCAUUUCCUUUUUCCGGCUUCUAAAGGCCACUCACAUUCCUUACCUUCAAAAACCAAAAAACCAAACCUGUUGCCAUCAGGUUGGUUCCGACUCAUGGUGACCUUAUAGGACAGAGUAGAACUGCCCUGUAGGGUUUCCAAGGAGCAGCAUGGUGCAGCCGAGCUCUAAACCACUGUGCCACCAGGGCUCCAUUCCCUACGCUGUGGCUCCAUUUUCUAUCUUCAAAGUCGAUGUUGGGAAGGAUCCUUUUCACACUGAUUCUUCCUACCUCUUCCACUUAUAAGAACCCUUGUGAUUCCAUUGAGUCCACCUGGAUAAUCCAGGGUAAUCUCCGUAUCUCAAGGUCAUCUGAUUAUUGACCUUAUUUUCCUGUUAUCAGGUAACCUAAUAAUAUUCACAGGUUCUGGGGAUUAGAAUGUGGGUAUCUUUGGGGAACCAUUAGUCUGUCUACCAUGGCAGUUAAGUUGCUUAGAAACUCUUUGACCUUUUCAAUAUUUAUGUUGAAGCUGUUUGAGGCAGGACCAGAGCAGCCUUUAGAAUUGAACAGCGGUGGGUAAAUAUGACCCAUGAGACAAAUUUGAGCUUUUACCUAUUUUUGUAAAUAAAGUUUUAUUGAAACACAGUUAUGCUCAUUUGUUUAUGUAUUGUCUAUGGAUGCUUUCACAUGACAAUGAUACACAAAGCCUAAAAUAUUUACUGUGUGACCCUUUACAGAGAGAAUGUGUUGAUCCCUGAUGUAGGACUAAUUUUUCCUCGCUAUUAAGGCAAUAUCUGAGUACUCAACCCGAUGCCCUGUGUAUUAUGAAAUUUCUUCAUUCUGGCUAUUGGGAAUAUGAGCUAUUCUUCGCCCUGUGUAAGCUCUGAGAAUUGUUCUGGCUGGUUCUUUCUGUUGUUUCUUUCCCUAGCCUCAGAUCGUUUCCCUACGUGUAAGUGCUGACCAAUACUCAGGUGAAGAAUUGGAGCUCAUUUUCUGUGUAGUUUUCUCUUCUCCCGAUCUCUGCCCUGCAAAUUCUAGCUCCCUUGGUCUCCCCAAAUUCUUAGCAGUGUCUCCUCAACUCAGGGUGAGCUCUAGGCUUUGCUUGGGCUCCUAGAAACUCUACAGGCAGUUAACUGGGACAAUUGUAGGACUCACCUUGUUUUUCUUUUAGGGAUCACUGUCCUAUGCUACCUGUUACCCCUUGUCUAAAAACCAUCGUUUUAUAUAUUUUGUCUGAUUUCUUAGUUGUUAAAGGUGGCUGGUUAAAUCUGGUUUUUCUUACUCCAUCAUGGCCAGAAGCCACCGGCACUCCUUAUAUCAAUACUAUUUUGCAUUUAUGAGGGUACUUUUGGAAGAUAGUAUACUGGAGGGGGCAUUGUGGGGUCAGAGACUCUGCAUUUUAAUGAUAUACCAAAUAGGCCCAUGUAAAGGCUGUGUCACUUUGUAAUUUUGAGAGUCUCAUUCUGGUGGCAUGGCUUGUAGGGACAGAUGAUGUAUAUGAAACUGCACUAAGCCCUGUAUAGUGUGUGGAACAUACUAAGGGCUGUGUUUCUUAAGAAAGGGCUGUUUCUGGCUGUUCUUCCUUUGACCUGGGUCUUUGAUGGCCAUUUUGUUCUGCCAGGCUGUACCUAGGCUAGGUAUUGUAGGACUAUUAUUAUUUCCUUAGCAACUGGGAGUCAUUGGAGAGGGGUCAUCCUUUAGGCUGCUGUUUUCUUUCCUGACAUAUGUUGAGCACUUACAAAUGCCAAACAAUGUGUUGAGUAUUUCAUGUAGUCAUGUGAUACAAUCUAAUUUUCCUCCACAGAAAUGGCUACAGCAGGUUUAUCUCCCACCCCAGUGGAAGGAGAGUACUGCUUUCCCAACAGUUUCAACCAAAGUUCCAAAGAGGGCUCUCAUUGGCCCAGCUUGGGAUACAGGCUCAUCUUGGAGCCAGUCACAGUGCUGGGAGGAUUUAAUCUGAUUGACCAGGCUUGGGUUAUUUGAUUCUCCUGGAGUUGGGGAGUAGGUUCAGCUCCCUUGGAAUCGCUUAGUUUGUGGGUUCCUGAAAGGAAGAGAUGAAUUCUGUAUUGGAAGAAGGGACGCUGGAUAGGCAGAAACAGCAGUGUCCACCACACCCCCUCUGGCUACUGAAAGCAAACUCAGCCACUCCGACCCAUUGUGCUCCAUUGUUCAUUAUCUACUUGACAGCUGCCCCACUGAGUGGUUUCUGUCUUCUGGACUUGGGUUUGACAAUGGUGCUCUGCCCUCCCAGGUCCUGGGUAUUAACUCCUCUCUCACACCACCUUGGGCAGGGAUUUUGCCCAGGGCGAGGCUUCCCUGGCUAUUACCCCCUCUUGCUUGAGCAGACCCUGGCCUGGAGCUGUACCAUGUGGACAUUGAGCAGAUUGGAGGAGAUACCAGGCCUCAACUGUUCAGAGCUGGAGCCUGAGUUCCUCAGCCCCAGGGUGGGAGUGUGCCACUCCCAGGGUGGUUUAAGCUGGGAGAGCAGAGGAAUUUGUGUGUGUGUGUGUGUGUGUGUGUGUGUGUGUGUGAUGGGUGGGGAGGUAUUGUGUGCUGAGAGAGAAACCCACUACACAGUGCCCAUUCCACUUCUGAGGCUACCGAACAGGAGGUCCUGCAUGGCAGAGCCCAUACCCUGUAAUGGCCCAGGAAACAAGGGCCAGAGAGGCUGGGGCACUCCCAGAAUCCCUCUUUCAUUGUUAGUAGACAAGUGCUUUUCAGAGGGUGGUUCAGUGACCUUUUGCACUAGAGUCACCAGGGCCAGCUGGCUCCAAAUGCAUCUUCCUCUGUCCUCAGACCUCUGGUGUUUCAGAAUCUCGCAGGGGCAAUGCUGAGAAUCUGAGAUUUUAAACAAACUCCCCACAGUAGGUUGAAUGGUGAUUCCCAAAAGAUACGUCCACGUCCUGAUCUCCAGGACCUGUGAAUGUGAUCCUAUUUGCAAAAAAAAACAAAGGUUCUUUACAGAUAUAAUUCAAUAAGGAUUUCGAAUAGUAUCAUUAAAUUAAGGGUCCUGAAUUCUCUGAGUGGGCCCUGAAUCCAAUGACAAGUGUCUUUAUAAGAGACAGAAGAGGAGAAGACAGAGCAGAAAAGGAAGAGGCAAUUUGACCAUGGAGGUUGAAGAGAUGCGGCCACAGAGAACUCCUAGAGCUACCAGAAGCUGGAAGAGGCAAGGAAGGAUUCUCCCCUAGAGUUUCUGGAGGAAGCAUGGCCCCACUGACACUUGAAGUGAGAAAGAAUAAAUUUGUCUUGUUUUAUGUCACCAAGUUUGUGGUAAUUUGUUACGGCAGCAACAGGAAACUAAUACAUUUCCCAAGUGAUGCUUUCACACAGUGAAUUUUGAGAGUCUCAGUUAGAUGACUGCCCUCUUAGUAGCCGGGUCUUUGUUUCAGCUGGGUUUUUCUUUAAAGGUUUCUAGAGCUUUUCUCCUGAUGGGACUGUUUAACUAGUUUAUCCAGUUUCGAGGAUUUUCUUCCUUCAGGUUUGAACUAUGGCUUUCAGAAUAAUGGAGUGAUGCCUGUCCGGGCUUGGGAGCAAGUCUGAAGUGUAGGAUCCAUUUCCGAAGAGAUGUAUGUAAAAUAAAACUGAAGACCAGAAGAACUAGAUGGUGCCCGGCUACAACUGAUGACUGCCCUGACAGGGAACACAACAGAGAAUCCCUGAUGAAGCAGGAGAGCAGUGGGAUGCGGACCCCAAAUUCUCGUAAAAAGACCAGACUUAAUGGUCUGACUAAGACUGGAGGGACCCCGGAGGUCAUGGUCCCCAGACCUUUUGUUAGCCCCAGAAUGGAACCAUUCCCAAAGCUAACUCUUCAGACAGGGAUUGGACUGGGCUAUUUUUUAUAAGAUAGAAAAUGAUACUGGUGGGGAAUGAGCUUCUUGGCUCAAGUGGACACAUGAGACUAUGUGGACAGCUCCUUUUGGAGGGGAGAUGAGAAGGCAGAGGGGACAGAAGCUGGCUGAGUGGACACAGGAAUGCAGGGUGGAAAGAAGGAGUGUGCUGUCUUAUUGGGGGAGAACAACUAGGAGUAUAUAGCAAGGUAGUACAAGUGUUUGUAUGAGAGGCUGACUUGAUUUGUAAACUUUCACUUAAAGCGCAGUAAAAAUUAAAAAUAAAUAAAUAAAAUAAAACUGAACCCCCUCCCUCCCAAUCCCACAACCUGCAACAUGGCAGUCAUGGGAAAGAAAAUACCAGAACUUUUUCUUUUUUCUCUAGCCAGUAUCCAGACAUGAGGAACCUGAAGGAGGAGGGGGUGAUAUUCCCGUCUUUGGAGGCUGACGGAGCCAGUGCAGCCGGAAGGAAAAGCACGGCGGGCAGGGAGCGCUUGAAGCGUAGCCAGAAGACCACCAAGGUGGAGGGUUCAGAGUCCGUGCCGGCUGAGGCCUCACUGAGUGCCGAACAGGGAACCAUGACGGAGGUGAAAGUGAAGACGGAGCUUCCUGACGACUACAUCCAGGAGGUGAUCUGGCAGGGUGAGGCCAAGGAGGACAAGAAGGCAGUCAGCAAGGAUGGGACUGGGGACGUGCCCGCUGAGAUCUGCGUGGUGAUUGGUGGCGUCCGCAACCAGCAGACCCUUGGGUCCUAUGAGUGUGGAAUCUGCGGCAAGAAGUACAAGUAUUACAACUGCUUCCAGACCCAUGUACGGGCACACCGAGACACCGAAGCCACCUCAGGGGAGGGAGCCUCCCAAGGCAACAAUUUCAGGUACACGUGUGACAUCUGUGGGAAGAAGUACAAAUACUACAGCUGUUUCCAAGAGCACCGAGACCUGCACGCAGUGGAUGUGUUUAGUGUGGAAGGGGCCCCCGAGAAUCGGGCAGACCCCUUCGACCAAGGUGUUGUGGCCACAGACGAGGUGAAGGAGGAACCCCCGGAACCAUUCCAGAAAAUCGGGCCAAUGAACAAUAUUACAUCAGAAAUUUUUAAGAAGAAAGAAGUUAGGCAGUGCCAAAAGAGAGAAACCGGCAAUUACACCUGUGAGUUCUGCGGGAAGCAGUAUAAGUACUACACGCCCUACCAGGAGCACGUGGCCUUACACGCCCCCAUCAGUACCGCCCCUGGGUGGGAGCCACCGGACGAUCCAGACACAGGUUCUGAGUGCUCACAUCCAGAGGUCUCCCCGUCUCCGCGCUUCGUGGCAGCAAAGACCCAGACGAACCAGUCGGGGAAAAAAGCUCCGGCCUCCGUGGUCCGAUGCGCCACCCUGUUACACCGCACCCCUCCAGCCACCCAAACCCAGACGUUCCGCACUCCAAAUUCGGGAUCUCCAGCAAGCAAGGCAACUGCAGCAGAAAGCGCUUUCAGUCGGAGAGUAGAAGGCAAAGCACAAAACCACUUUGAAGAGACCAAUAGCAGUUCCCAAAACUCCAGCGAAACUGCAAGUCCCCUGAUUUCCAAUCCUUUCCCUCUCCUACAGAAACCCUACACCUGUGGCGCCUGUGGCAUCCAGUUCCAGUUCUACAACAACCUCUUGGAGCACAUGCAGUCCCACGCAGCUGACAAUGAGAACAACAUAGCCUCCAACCAGUCUCGAUCACCAUCUGCUGUUGUGGAAGAGAAGUGGAAACCUCAACCCCAGAGGAACAGUGCCAAUAACACCACAACCAGUGGUUUAACACCCAACAAUAGCAUGAUCCCCGAGAAGGAGCGGCAGAACAUCGCAGAGCGGCUGCUGCGGGUCAUGUGUGCUGACCUGGGUGCGCUGAGUGUGGUGAGCGGGAAGGAAUUCCUAAAGCUGGCCCAGACCUUGGUGGACAGUGGUGCCCGCUACGGGGCAUUCUCUGUCACCGAGAUCUUGGGCAACUUCAACACACUGGCGCUGAAGCACCUGCCGCGCAUGUACAACCAGGUGAAGGUGAAGGUGACAUGUGCCUUGGGCAGCAAUGCCUGCCUGGGCAUUGGCGUCACCUGCCACUCACAGAGUGUUGGCCCUGACUCCUGCUACAUCCUGACAGCCUACCAGGCCGAGGGCAACCACAUAAAGAGCUACGUGCUGGGUGUGAAGGGCGCGGACAUUCGUGACAGUGGUGACCUGGUACACCACUGGGUGCAGAACGUGCUGUCGGAGUUUGUAAUGUCAGAGAUCAGGACAGUAUAUGUGACAGACUGCCGGGUGAGCGCAUCCGCCUUCUCCAAGGCCGGCAUGUGCCUCCGCUGCUCAGCCUGUGCCUUGAACUCGGUGGUGCAGAGUGUGCUGAGCAAGCGGACAUUGCAGGCCCGCAGCAUGCACGAGGUCAUCGAGCUGCUCAAUGUGUGCGAGGACUUGGCGGGCUCCACCGGCCUUGCAAAAGAGACCUUCGGGUCACUGGAGGAGACCUCACCACCGCCCUGCUGGAACUCGGUCACAGACUCGCUGCUGCUGGUGCACGAGCGCUAUGAGCAGAUCUGUGAGUUCUACAGCCGGGCCAAGAAGAUGAACCUCAUCCAGAGCCUCAACAAGCACCUGCUCAGCAACCUGGCAGCUAUCCUGACACCAGUGAAGCAGGCAGUCAUUGAGCUGAGCAAUGAGAGCCAGCCUACCCUGCAGCUGGUGUUGCCCACCUAUGUCCGGCUGGAGAAGCUCUUCACAGCCAAGGCCAAUGACGCAGGCACUGUUAGCAAGCUGUGCCACCUCUUCCUGGAGGCACUCAAGGAAAACUUCAAGGUGCACCCGGCACACAAGGUGGCAAUGAUCCUGGAUCCCCAGCAGAAGCUGCGUCCCGUCCCACCCUACCAGCACGAGGAGAUCAUCGGCAAGGUCUGCGAGCUCAUCAAUGAGGUGAAGGAGUCCUGGACUGAGGAGGCCGACUUUGAACCCACUGCCAAGAAGUCCCGCUCUGCUGCUGGUGAGAACCCCACAGCUCAGGAGGAUGAUCGGCUUGGAAAGAAUGAGGUCUACGAUUAUCUGCAGGAGCCCCUCUUCCAGGCCACCCCUGAUCUCUUCCAGUACUGGUCAUGCGUGACCCAAAAGCACACAAAACUCGCUAAGCUCGCCUUCUGGCUCCUAGCAGUCCCGGCGGUGGGGGCCAGGAGCGGGUGUGUAAAUAUGUGUGAACAGGCUCUCCUAAUCAAAAGGAGGCGAUUGCUAAGUCCAGAAGAUAUGAACAAACUCAUGUUUCUGAAAUCCAACAUGCUUUAAGACUUUAAAAAAAGUAGAAGGAAAGAAAGGAAGAAAAGGAAAAAAAUAAAAAAGAGAACAUUAGGGAAAAAAAAAAACAACACUGUCACAAACAAAGAAAAGGAAUUUUAAGUUCUAAA